AUGGACCCGUCAACCACGAGAGAACCAGGAGAAGAUCUUCAGGCCUCGCUAGAAACAAACCACACAAAGGCCUUUAAACGGGCCCGACGGAUUAGCAUCGGACCCACCCAUGUUAUGGGUUUCCCAUGGACUGAAGCUCAUGCGCAAUACGGAGUAGAACUCGCAUUGAUCUGGUUCAAAAACUCCGCUUCUUUCAUCUCCGCUUGCCUCAACUGGGUGCUGUUUUCCCUAUCAUUAACAAUGACAGGUUGGACAACCCAUAAGAGGGCAUUUGGUGUCCCCCACAUGCUACCUGCAGAGGCUGCUGCCCUGGGAAGCAGUUUUCCGACUGCCAAAGGUGCCUCCGUGAUUCCUAAACGAGGCUGCAUCUGGAUCCUAUUGACAUGCGAAAACACCCGUGUUUCCCGUCCAAGGUGGAACCAUACGCACACCGUGCGACUGUUGCCAUCCUUGGAGCGAAUCAUUUUGAUCAAAUGA